CUACCAUAAGAGCUAAACCAUCAGUCAAACACCUUCUCUCACUCUCUCCAUUCGAACUCCGACUGUAUUACCAUGGCUCCACCGCCGUCCCCCACCAGUCUCCAGAUCGAAUCCGUCGUAUUUCCACCAUCCGUCAAACCUCCUGGUGCAACCAACGCUUUGUUCCUCGCCGGCGCAGGUGUGAGAGGUAUGGAAAUCGAUGGUAACUUCGUGAAAUUCACGGGGAUUGGUGUGUAUCUGGAGGAUAAAGCUAUUCCGUCACUCGCCGUUAAGUGGAAGGGAAAAACUGCUGCUGAGUUGACAGAUUCCGUUGAGUUCUUCAGAGACAUUGUUACUGGUCCCUUCGAGAAACUGACUCAAGUCACAAUGAUACUACCAUUAACUGGUAAACAAUACUCUGAAAAGGUAUCUGAAAUGUGCGUUGGUGUUUGGAAAUCAAACGGAACCUACACAGAUGCAGACGCCAUCACCAUUGAUAAGUUUCUAGAGGUUUUCAAGGACCAAAAUUUUCCACCAGACUCUUCUAUUCUCUUCACAACCUCUUCCAUCGGUUCACUUUCAAUCAGCUUCUCGAAAGAUGGCAGUAUACCUGAAGCUCCAAAUGUUGUGUUGGAGAAUGAGAAAUUGGGGCAAGCUGUAAUUGAGUCGGUGAUCGGAAGGUAUGGUGUUUCUCCUGCAACCAAACAAAGUUUGGCGUCAAGACUCUCGGAUUUCAUGGAACAAAUUGAGGGGAAAGCAACUGAAACCGAAAGUGUUGAAUUAGGGAAGAAUAGUUUGUAAAAGGUAUAAUUGGACUUUUAAUAAUAAUGGUGCAAAGAGUAUAAAAUGUAUGCGUCGAUUAGUCGAUUAACUACGCAUGUGAUCUUAAAAUAAAAGCUCAAUGACCUUUUACUUUUAA